GUAAAAAAUGAUCGUGUAUGAAUCACGAACUAUGGAAGUGACUACGCUACCGUGAACUGUGACAGCAGUUCUACAGGAAAAGGAAAGUGUUGAGCCACCUACAAAAAUUUUGUAUUUUCAAAUAUUAAAUAAAAUUCCAAAUUCGUUGCAGAAAUUAGUUUGCGCGCAACAUGAGGGUGCCUUAAACGUAUAGAAUCGUCAGGCACAAUGGAAAAGGCCACCUUAGCCGAGAACGAAGGAAUUCUCGGUGGGCCGACCGGUCUCGAUGUUCCCACACAGCUUGAGAUUAUAGACGGUCUCGAUGGAGUCGCCGACUUCGACACACACUUAAUGCCCGAGCUGAACUCCGAUCUGAUGUCAAUGGACACUGAUCCCGAAGCGAACGUGAUAAUGCAGCAUAUGGACAUAAGGGAGCCACUGUCGAAGUUGAAGAAGCUGCUUGAAGGUCGGCUAGGCGUCGAAUUGCCCGGUUACGCUUUCUACCUGCAAGGAGCGCAACUUUUAGAGCUGCACAAAAAUCUCGUCGACCAAUGCGUCCAGGGAGAGGGUUUGGUUCAGGUCAAUCUCGAAAUUCAAACGAACAUCAAACGUAUCAACAUAAUCGACGUGCUGAAACCCGCAGAGGAGUACAUCGAUUUCGAAUCCUCGAUUACGGAAACGGAGGAGACCCUGCCGCCGCUCCCCGAGAAGCACAAGAACAUCGUCCACUGGCAGGUGGACGAAAACUUCAAGCAGGAGCAGGAGCGAUUAAAGAUCCCCUCAGAUCCGGAGGAGUGGGACGCCGUCCACGUCAAACACUGGGUGCAGUGGGCGGUGCGGCACUUCAAUCUGCCGAACUUGAAGCUGUCCGAUUGGGCGAUGACCGGCAAGGAGUUGAUGGAGCUGAACCUGGCGCAGUUCCAGAUUAUGGUGCCGAACGAUCCGGGCGAUAUUUUCUGGACGCACCUCGAGCUUUUGCGAAAAAUGAAAGUGAUAGCGACGAUGAAAGUUGACGAUGAGCCACGUCGGCCGCCACGAUUAAUGAAGCACACUAAGGUCAAUCGUAUCACGUCGAAUUUUUCUUCGAACUACGGAGUACUGGAGCACAGCAUGGUGAACGGGAAUCGUAUCGGGAAUAACGGUCAAAUACAACUCUGGCAGUUCCUAUUGGAGUUGCUGACGUCGCGCGAGUACAAAACGCUGAUACACUGGCAGGGUGACGACGGCGAGUUCAAGCUGAGCAAGCCCGAGCUGGUGGCGCAGCUGUGGGGCGAGAGGAAGAACAAGCCGACGAUGAACUACGAGAAGUUGUCGCGCGCGUUGAGGUACUAUUACGACGGCGAUAUGAUAUCGAAAGUGCAGGGGAAGCGGUUCGUGUAUAAGUUUGUGUGCGAUUUAAAACAGUUGAUAGGUUACAGUGCGCUCGAACUAACGAGGCUUGUUAAUACGGGCAAUCCUUUGUGAAGCCUAAUAAAAAUUGUUGUUAGUUUUAUUUUUAUAA